AUGUCUGCUCUGGUCCACGACUCGCCCGACCGAGCCGUCACGGCCAUCGAGCCUUUGACAGGAAGCGACAACUUCGCGACCUGGAAACGUCUCAUGACGUCCUACCUCAAAGCGAGGCAGGUCUGGGAUGUCGUGUCGGGCGACCUCCAGCGUCCUGACUGUUUAUUCAAGUACGCCAAACCCAUUUCGGCGGAUAUCCACCCCUUAGUGGAGCCGCACCUGGUUGGGGCGGUGAGGCAGCGCACCAUUGAAGCGCGCCUCGAAGUGGAGGUCCAGGCAUUCGAGCGCCACCGUGAAUGGUCGAGCCGCGAAGCUGAGGCCUACCACACCAUUUUCCGGUAUCUGUCCCCCCACAUUAGCAUUCAUGUCGCAGGACUAGAGACGUCCCGCGACCUCUGGAAUGAACUUGAAGAACGGUACCGGCGAAUGGAACUCGCCACGUUCUGCGAGUUGUUUGCGCAGCUUCGUGAAACCACUGGCGAGCGCUGCGGCAGUGCCCGCGAAUUUGUCGAUCGGGUACGGUUGCUCGUACAUCGAUUGAAUGCUAUCGUGCCCGGAUCCAUUGGCGAUCGAACGCACAUUGCGAUCUUACUGACGCAGAUCGGACCGGAAUAUAUUCUAGUUGUGGAUGCCAUUCAGAACGACAAGGAUCCGGUGAAUCCGACCACGAUAGGAAACUGUCUGUCUAAUGCUGAGCAGACGGUUCUGAGAAAAGAAGCUCCAACACCCUUGCAGGCAACGUCUGGCCCGUCCGUCAAUACGGUGCAGCAGACUGCCAAGAAAUGCAACUAUUGCAAGAAGCGCGGCCAUGUGGUCGCGCAGUGCUGGAAGAAACAGCGAGAAGCUCAGCCGUCCAGGGACCAUGCCCUGAAGGCUGAGAGGAGUGUUUCCGGCUCACCAAGAAAUAAUUUGCAAAUGAUACCAUCAAGCCAGAUGGAAGAUCGGCAGGGCCCGCCGACUUCCAAGAGACCGAGGGUCAAUAUCGUGAGGGCGAGGGUGACGACCCUUUAUACUCACGCACCGCAACCCCGGUGGAUCCUGGACUCGGCCGCCACCAGCCACAUCUGCUGGGACCGGAGCUGCUUCAGCAGUCUGCGGCCCCACCGCGAGAUGCUGGACACGGCCGGCGAUCCAGUGGAAGCCGAAGGGAUUGGUACGGUGAAGCUCACGCUCCGGGGGAAGUUCAACCAACCCCUGGUGUUAAGGAAUGUAUACUUCGCGCCACGCGUCGGGAUGAACCUGAUCAGCGUGCCGAAACUGUUGCGAGACCGCUACUCGGUGGUGGCGCACCCGCAGAACGUCUUUGUGCAACGCCGAAGACGGACGGUGGGGACCGCCUACCACGCGGAGGGGGAUCUACUGAUCCUGCGGUGCCAUGUGAGCAAGAGAUCUCGAGAGCGAGUCCAACUGGCGAGGGCGCCGGCGACCCAUGGCCAUGUAGAUUCCCUGGAACCGUAG